GAAUGGAAGUCCUCUAAAGGCGGCGUGUCAACCAUAAACAGGGAGCUGGCCAUUCAGUUCGCCAAGCUUUCUAAUACAUCGGUUAGUUUCUUUGUCCCAACAUUUUCUGACGAAGACAAGAGAGAAGCUAGCAAAUACAAUGUAAAAUUAGUAAAAGCAGAAGAGCGACCUGGAUUUGACCCUAUUGAUUGGUUGACUUUUCCACCGAAAGAUCUUGCGAUUGACUUUGUUAUUGGACAUGGUGUAAUACUUGGAAAACAAGCACAGAUAAUACGGGAUUCUCACCAAUGUAAGUGGGUGCAAGUAGAACAUACUGCACCCGAUGAACUUGCAGUGUACAAGGAAUAUUCUAGCGCCAUCCCCAAAGGUGAAAAAAAACAAUCGGCUGAGCUAAAACUGUGUGAAAUGGCUGAUCUUGUCGUAGCAAUUGGACCAAAAUUAGCAGAAUUUUACGCAGCCCGUCUUAACUUCUGCGGAAAAAAAGUUUAUGAUUUCACUCCAGGUAUAUUUAAUGAAUUUGCAUCGUUAAAUGUAUCCUCAAUGCUGAAGGGUAAGAAGUUUCGAAUUCUAGUAUUUGGCCGAGGUGAUACUGAAGAUUUCAAACUUAAAGGAUACGACAUCGCUGCUAAAGCAGUCGCCAAGCUGGUCGAUAAGACUUACCAUCUCAUUUUUGUGGGCGCAUCCAAAGGAAGUGAAUCCGAUGUGACUAAAGAAUUGCUUAAGUAUGACUUGUUGCAAAAUCAGCUCAUUGUUAAAGGAUAUCUUGAAAACCGCAAAGAUCUGCGAAACCUCUUAUGUGCUUCGAAUCUUGUGAUCAUUCCUUCUCGAACAGAGGGUUUCGGCUUGACAGCUCUGGAAGCGUUGUCGGCUGGUAUACCAUUUCUUGUCAGUCAAAACAGUGGAUUUGGAGAAGCUCUUCAAGAGAUACCUCGUGGAUCAGCUUUCGUCGUGGAUUCUGAAGAUCCAGAGGACUGGGCUGAGGCCAUUAAAGUUACCCGACAGAAAGGCAAUGAAGGAGCAUUCCAAGAGUGUCAAGAAUUGCGUGCACUCUACGCAGAGAAGCACAACUGGCAAACGCAGUGUGUUGAACUUUUCAGUAUGAUGAAAUCUUUGAUCAACGGUGAGUAUUGUACAAGCGCUGACAUCAAUUAGAAGGUUGUUCUAUGUCCUCUUUAAUGUAUCGGGUGUCAAGGCUUACCACAGCACUUCUUUACACUUAAACUUCAAGGGACUUUUGUAUUUGUUCCUUGUUGAUUUUUACGUACGUUGUACUUUUGUUUUGUUCUUGUGUCUGUGAUGGGCUAAAGUCAUCUUGGCCCAUCCUUUUCAUAUGGCACACGAGGCCUCAGCUCCGAAAAGAGUGCUGCUCCCCAAAGUUGUGUGUACCUCACCCUAAGUCUUUCAUCCUGUUUUUUUUUUCGUUUCUCCUGCCGUCUCUCCAUGUUUUCUUGGUCUAGCCUGCUUUCGUCGUCCAUCGAUUCUGGAGUCAAAGUAUCUGUCUUCAUGACUGGGCCCGUGAACUGCCGUGCUAAGGUUUGGAAGAGUCAAAACCUCGGACAAAAUUCUUGAGCCAGUGGCAGCUAUUUUCUACUUUAAAAGUGACAGAGGCAUCUAAACAGAAACAAAGUUAGCCUCUCCCCACCUACUAUUCAAAGAUGUUAUGGUUAAAAAUCCCAAGAAGUAGAAUUCUGGUGUUACCGUCAAACAACUUUUAGGGACUUUAAGAUUCAACGACGCGAAGGCAACGAGAAAGUGCAGGUGUAAGAAAAAAAACAAUUGGUUUAAUAAGUAAAAUAACAACUUUGCAUGUGCAUCACCCUUUUUUGUAGAUUUCUUUGCCGCUUUUGCACGACUACGACGUGAUUAUGCCGAAUUUCGUGUUUUACGAGGAACGUAAAAAAGCAUCGACGAAAUUGUAUUGCGCUUUCUGAACUUGAAUAUGUUCUCUUGGAAUUCAAAUUCAGGAGGGUUCGCGUGCAUUUCAGAAAGUUAGUAAGUAGGAAUAAUCGCGGUAAAGACAAAUUCACUUUUUGAGUGACGUCCUCAUAUACAGCCUCUGUCACGGCUUUUUCACAGACAGGUUUAUUUUUACAUACUCCGUCUAAGGCACAUUCGAAAGAUAACGUAUGAAAAAGGAAAACUAAACGUUCUAAAAAUACGCCAAAAUCGUUCUACAAAAUUAACUGAUCCGUGAAAAUGCCGUGACACAGUACAUGGAAAUUGCUUGCCACAGGUUAUGGGCUCCUGACAAGGAGACGGGGCGUAACUGGUCGGAAACUUUAAUUCGUGUCCUGUCAAUGACAAUUUUUCCCAUGACCACGGCUAGAAGGAAUGUAAUUUCGCACGUCCAGUUAUUACAUUCUUUUUGUUGAAAUCAGCACAUUCUAUAUUUAGGGUUCUUCAAUUUAAAAUGUUCCCUCUGAAAGAAACAGCCUUAAAUGAAAGGCUCCAGAUAGAAAAACUUUUGUAUUAACUAUGCUUUACCUCCGAAACAAGCACACGGGAAUCCUUGUUUCAUUUGUUCCCCAUUUUUACUUAAUUGAACUUGUCAUUUUCUAACUGAAAACUAUUUUUAUAAAAAUAAAACGUUGAAAUAUUUGCGUGGGGGCGCCAGCGCCCGUAAAAAGUAGUCUAAAAUAACUUAAUAGAAAGAAAAAUUCAGUGCCACCCAAACGGAAGCCAGAAGUAGUGUAAAAGGUUUAACCUUUUUUUUUUCAGAAAGUGACGAAGUAGGGAAUAAAGAAGGAACUGCCGAGGUUCAGCCACCAACAGCCCCGAGGCCAAAAUGGUAUGCAAAAUGGUCGCCACUGCUUAACCCAAAAACGCGUACCUCUAAAAUGGAUUCUCCAGUCGGACCUAACAACCAAGGGACCAGACCUAAAGAAAAAAUCUCAGUAUCAACAGGAUCAGGUUAGAGAAGGUGUUUUUCAUUGAAAAAUGCUAGUGAAAAAUCCAAAAACGCCUGAAAUUACCCAACCCUCCGAAAGCUUAGCCCGAUUUUCAGGCAUUCAGUUGAAACGGCUCCAGGAUUUGGGAAGAAUUCUCCUGUGGCCAAACAAGAAAGGAUAGGGGGAUGCGAGAAUGCACCGGACCGGGGCAACUUGGUUUAGUUAAGUACUAAAUGGUAUCCUUCUUAACACAGUUUUGAGACCUGUCUACCAUAAUAUUUCUGUAGUCCUUUCCCAGUCUAGAGCCUGUAUAGCUGAAGAUGUAAGAUUUUUAAAAGGUAACUUGUUCGCUCCUGUAGACUUGGUAAUUCUUGGCUGCAGUGUAUCUGAGGAGAUCAUAUUCGCUGUGGUGCAAGAAAUUGAACGUAUUCGUCCAAUGUUGAAUCUUCAUCUACAACCUCCAGCUAUAAACCUUUCACCUGUCCUAGCAAAGCAGUACAUGGAAGAAAACACGUUUCGGUCUUGCGUGUUGGUGGUCGAUGGGGAAAGAAUAAAAGACGCUUACGAAAAUCCGCUUGCUCUAACAGAUGAGUAUGAAGCCCUUCUGAAAACGGCAAUGAAGAAAAUUGGUAAGAUAAGGCACAAACUUUGUAGAAAUUUUUUGUCACUUCCUUUCUUAUAAUUCCAUCUUUACGACCUUAUCAACGUUUGAUAGUAUCAAAUAUUGUUGUUCGUCAGUUUUAUCCUUAGUAGUUAAGUUUUUUCCUUGUAGUGAGCAAACAAAUCUGAUCGUAUAUUACAAUAUGCAUAUCCAAAACAAAGUAAAAAACCAUAAAAUACGAUUGACUGACAAAUAUUAUUAUAAACUGAAUCAUUGGAUGGUGCAAUUCUAGAGCUCUGAUUGGCGUAGCCAUAAUGCUAUAUGAGCCAUUUUACCAUGCACUCCAAAUAUGGUAACUGUACGCGUCUGCUCAAAAUUAAAAACAAGCUGAAAAUCGGUUGUUUUUACAAAUAAAGUGGGGAAGAAUUCUCGAUAUUUUGUGCCGGAGCGUUUUUAAUAAAACAAUUAUUCCACUCUCGCUUGUUGGAUAUGAUAUGAUUAUAGCCAACUCGGCGCUACUGGCCUCGUUGACUAUUUACCAUCUCAUAUUCAACUCGCACUUUUGGAAUAAUUGUCAAAUAUGUUAGCCACAUAAUACGUUAGCAUGGCAGCCCUAGCCCCUGUGUGCAAAAUUGCUCCUGACAGUCAAAGAACUGAAGAAGAAGUUGUUAAAUUAAAAGACGCUGAUGCCCAAAAUACAAGUACUGUUCCCUGAUUGCAAUCGUUACAACAAAAUUGUCUCGUUUUAGUUAUCUGUAAAGGUAACCUGUUAUGAGGGCUUCCGUCAGCGUAUCUUGUAAUCAUAUGGUUUUGGUUAUAAAGAAAAUUUGAAGUGAAGAGCAUGUCUAAACUUACCAGUAGUAUAGCUGUAAGAGACGUGAGAAAGGCCAACAAAGGAAUGUCAUAAAAUUUUGGCAUGCGAUGUUUCUUAAAGAUGGAAUCUGAGGUAGAUUAAUUUACAAUUGCUUUCACUGUCUUCAUGGGCUUUUUUAGAGUCACAAGACGACAUAGAUUCGUUGGAAACCCAGACAAUGUGGCAGUAAUUACAGGGAAAAUAAUAAUAGCUUCUGCAUGUCACUGCUAUGUCGAAAAUUCUUUCUGUCGUCCUCCCUAUCUCAAAUCCACGAUUAAUUGGUCAACUACAAAAAUCUUUAGUUCAAGUAAUAUCUAAACUCCAAACUGAACUAAAAGAGCUCACGGGAGGCAGGAGGCCAUAAGGGAUACGUCGUGCCAAAUCCUUUGAAUUCUUCUUGCAUUUAACAUUAAAUGAUGUCUCCAACUUCUCAUUAAUUACGGUGACGCCCUGUUAAUAUCAUUAUACUUAUUUUUGCUUUGCAGCAAACAAGGUUAUCAUUCUGGUCUGUUACAGCCGUUUUAUGUCGGAGAAUGACGAAGAGAUGGUCUAUCAAUCCAUAUGCCGUGCUGUCAAAGAAAAUGAAAAAGGAUUUAUCGCUUGGUUAAAGGAUGGCAGACUAACUGUAGACACUGAUGUCAUGGCACAGUUUCUGAAUCCCGCCUCAGCCAUGCCGUAUAUGAUGCUACCGAACAGUCAACAAGGAGAGGUUCAAGUACAAACCAAUGUUUUCUUGCUUAUUUAGGUCAAAAUUAAUGCCAUGUUACACAGCCCGUACAGAGUAGAGAAAAGGAUUAAAACUGGUGCGAAAAGAGCUUUCUUCGCCUCAUGUCCCCGAAAAAACUCACAGAUAACAUCAAUUUGGAAGCUUUGAUUUUGAAACAAAGUAGUCAAAGUGGCUUGCCCACUACUUAAUAAUCCUGCCUCAAAAACGUGCUGUCUUUUGCGUUGUGUAGUAGUAGGAUGAGAAGGACUUUGUCGUAUAAAGUUGUUGUAAUCGAAAGAGAAGGCAUCGAAGCGUACACUUUCAUUUAAUACUGCAGAAUAUUAUAUUUUUGGUUAGUCCAUUGACGUUUCUAACAAAUGAGGGUACCAUGAUCGGGUUUCCCACACCGGAGUCACUAGUGUCAAUUGGGAGACUGGCUGUCGCAGAACUUGCUUUAGACAACGCCCUAUCAGGGCGAAUGGAGGGAAUGCAUAUCCUCCGAGCUGGUUUUCUUGCUUUUAGAUCUGGCUUCCAGCUCAUAAAUCUUGGCAACUUAGCUGUCGAGGAGCCCGUUUGCUGUUGUUGGGUAUAGUUGCCAAUUUCUGGCAUCUGGUUGGGCCCAAGUUUCGAUACCAGCCACUAUCUUUAAACGCCCUAGCAAAUGUAGCCUGCGAGCAAGCUCUCCUGCCUCGCGAGAACGCCGGUCGCUCGCGCGUUCUCGCGAUACUCGCUUCGCUCGCCCAAAUAGGAGAGCUUGCUCGUAGGCUAUAGCAAAUGGUGCGCUUCGACUGUAAUUGAGCGUUUGAGGCACCAUUGCUAGAGGUCGAAGGAAAGAGUUGAUGGACGGUGCCGACAGUAUCAAAGAGCCGAUUACUGAUUAGUAAUCGGCUCCUGGGUGCCGACCAAUAGUGUUGACCCACCCAUGUUGGUUAUAUAACUGAUCGCUGUUUAGGGUCUGCCGGAUUAUGCUCGAAAAAUAGAGUAUUAUGCUUUCGGGCGUCACCCGUGAAACUAGGGUAUUAUGAUCAAAAUUAUACUCGACUGGAGGUAUUAUGCUCAAAUUAUGCCGGACUAAAAUGACACUUCCACCCCACCCCCCCCCCCCCCCAUCCCCCCAUAGGCUUGUAUCUAUUAAUAAAGAUUCCUAGUCUUUUAUUUUUGAAAGAAUUGUUAGACAAUAAUUAUUCAGUUAAACAUUUUAUGAGCAAACGAAAGGUCGGAAAUUGUGAGGCAUUGAAAGGCUUACUAUAUGUCUUUCUCUAAUGAACUUGGAUUAUAGCAAAAUGCACGGGGUACGAGUCUAACGUAUCAAGUUAAAAUAUUCCCACUUUUAUCAACCUUGUACAUUCUAGAGCGUCGCUAAGAGCGAGUUGCUGGCAAAUUUGCAUACAUCUCUCACAGUUUUCAGAAACAGAGGCAUUAUGCUCCAAACAUAUUAGUCUUAUGCCAGCAUUAUGCCUGAUGCUCCAGAUAUAGUAUUAUGCUCAAAAUUAUGGCGGCAUAAUCCAGCAGACCCUAUCGCUGUUGUAUUGUCCUUGAGCAACAAUACACGGAUGUAGCACUUGUUUCUAUGGAAGAUUCUAGAGCGACCCCCACCUCCCCCUGCUCUAAAAGUAACGAACAGUUUAUGUGCAAAAGCCGUUUUGAUUGGGACCAUAACCCUCUGGUCUGAACAUCCCCACAUCGUGUUCCCCACCCUACAGCGUGCUCCCCACCCCACCUUGGAGGUAUCUCUCUCGAUUGUCAAUUGGGCACACAAGCGGUCUCUCCCCCACUUUCACUCGUCCAGGGCUUCUACAGUCCAGCACACUGUGGACUUUGUAACCCCCAUGCAUAGCUAGGCUGUGUUUUGUACCUGCCUGGAUGUAGCCUGCAGUGAAGGCGUUUUCUUCCGGCGCGCAAAUGUUUUUGUUAGCGAGAGCGCCAUGUUGAAACUUCCGGAAGAGAGGAGGAAAUGGGGCGAGCCAAAGGGAGCGGGGACGGGGCUUCCUUCUUUUGCCCUCGCACUUACCCCAAGGGUUACUAUUUCUACUCUCCCCAAUCUUCCACUGUCAUAAAAUCUAAGAUGGCGGCUACACCAAUACGAACACGAACAAGGUUUCGCCCACCCAAGCCUGGAUGUGACGAUAGUAGAGAGGCUGGAAUGACGGUACUUAGCUUUCUUAUUAAUCGAGCCAGAUCCGUUAUAAUUCAUUCGUUUCUGAUAUUCUUCACCUCGUUUAGAGGGAAGAUGAUUUCGAGAGCUACUUAAUUUAUAAGGAAUCCCUGAAACUCUACUGACUGGGUAGGUUUGAGACGGGAUUUUCAGUAAUCUACUACAAAUACUAGGGAGUUUUAGCAUCGACGACGGCGACGGCAGCAAAAACGUCACUUUUAAAAUGAAUUCGCGUUUUUUUUUUUUUCAAAUUUUGUCGCGCUUAUUCCAAUUCCCUGAAAAUGUCAAGUGUAGGCGAAUUUCCCUGGAGUUCAUUUCUUGAGGACCACACUUAAAGGAGAAUUCGUUGUCGCUUAAUUACGUCCUCCAUAAAACGUGAAAUUAGGGAUUUUCACGCCGUAGUCGUACAGUGACGGCAAAGAAAUGUACAAAAAGCGUGAUGCACGUUCAAAGUUGUUGUCUAUUGCGACCUCGACCACAUUGGGACGAGGAACAUCUUUGUUAGUUUGCCUUCGUUCGCAAGCAGACAGCGGCUUAUCUGCAAACAAGACGUUGAAAAGGCUAGAACGUUCUUCGGACGCAUCCCAGCGCCCAGCAGGAAUGGUGAGGUCGUCACUCAAGAUUUACCUUGAGAUGGGUCCCGACGCUUGCUGAUGGACUCGAUUUCUACAGCAGUUGGACUUCCCAACAUGCCGCUAUGUUUAGUGAAGCAAAAAGGCGAGGUUGUCAGGGGGCACCGGCAGCCAUAUGGCUAAUAGAACGGUACAUUCCGGUUGCACAGACCCGACCCAAGCCGCCGCGCGUUUGAUUAUUGUUCUUUUUAUAGCACGAUACCAAAGAGUGGUAUUCAGGGGACAACAAUUUUGGUCCAAGCGAUCGAAAUGACCAGACCGGUCAAAGAGGACCACGUUCAAAGGUGGUUCCAAAUAUUCCGUUCGGACCAAAGCGAAAUGGUCCGUUUGAUCAGUCUAACCGAACGUUCACCAUUUUUGGGCUGCAUGGAAAGCUCCCCGUAUUUCCAGAAGUAAGCGCCUUAGGCCCGGUUCAGACGCAGAACAUUUAAUGAGCCGAACCCGAUAUAUUGAAUUAAGUACAUGUAAAGUUCGGCGUCUGAAUCAACAAGCCACUUGCGCAUGUCCAUAAUGUACCUUAUUUGCCCUCCAAAAUUUUGUUAGUAUAACCUUUGUUUUUUAUUUCCUCUGGGUGUUACGGCCUCCCAAGCUAAAUUGAAAACAAUGCUAAUGCAAAAUUUUGGGGGGCAAAUAACGUGCAUUAUAGGAGAUGUGCAAGUGGCGUAUUAGGAACGCCUGUUUCAAUUUGGGAUGGCUCACCCGUCCUUCCCACCAAGCUCCGGCGGGGAAUUCGACUUUGGAUCGACUUUGGAACGGCUUUGAUUGUACGCAGUUUGACCGAGAUGAUCAUGUUGAGCUGCAAUGAAGAUCGGUGUCUGAAUCAAUUCAGCCGGUCUAAAUAAUUUGAGUUGACUUGAAUUCGAAUAGGUUCGGCUCAUGAAAAGUUCGGCGUCUGAACCAGCCCUUCCCCUGGCUCCUGAAGUCUGUUCUCUAAAUGUCUGCGAAGAAAUAACUGCGGCUUCGUCGCCAACUAUUAUGAAUUAGGGAAGGAAAUAAAAAACCUGGCCAUAAGCACCUUGGCGCUGAUUUAAUUAUUCGGCUAAACAUAUCACCAAAGGUUUCCUUCAAAGUACUGAGAAUUAUUUUAGUUGAAACUUCAUUUACAGAUGAAGUCAAACCAACGAUAUUAUUCACUUCAGCAAUAUAGUAAUAUGUAUGAAAAGUAACCUCGAUACAAAUAGGCCUCGUUUUAGGCAAGAUAUUACGCUAGGUCCUUGAUCCUUUGUAAUAUCGAGGUACUUGUUUAAUCACGAGUUAAGAGUUAAUUGUAGCCAAGUAACAGCAUGAUCCUUCAUGUAGACGUUUUUUUUGCGGUUGUUUCUUCAGCGUGAUUCAAGCCAUGAAAAACAGUACACUUAUGUGGACAUCACAGAGGCAGAGAGAGUGCAAGCAAGCCAAUGGGAGCAGAGACGUCUAGAAAAUGAACGAAGUCAAAGAGAGCUCCAAAAACAGCUGCAAGAACUGGAAGAACAACGACUAGAGAAAGAGAGAAUGCAAGCGGAGAUCCUUCAACGCGAAAGAGAAAAAGAACAAGAAGAAGCCAGGAGAAAGGAAAAGAGUUUGCGUUUAGAAGACGAACUUUCCCUCCGCCGAGAUGAACUGUUCAACUACAAAUUUGGUAGCAAGGUUGGGUUUCAUAGUUUCCAGGGUCUGAAAAUAGAUGAUGUGACUCAACUCAGGAUCGGCGUGAUCGGAACGACCAAAUCUGGUAUAAGCUGUUUUAUUAACGGUUGUGAACGGGUUUUGAGGCAAACGGAAAGUGGUACAGCACCCUACUGCAAUAAUGGCGGUAAACAGGUUACCACUACGCUUCAAGAUUACCUGCCUGAAAUGUUCUUCCACUUGGUGGAUAUUCCCGGUGUCUAUGACUACGAUUUCGAUAUCGUGAAAUUUCGAAACAUUAUAGAAGGAAAGAUUCAACCCGGGUUUGAUGUGGCAAAAUUCUUCGCAGUCAAAGAGAGAGGUGAACCAGAAGACCUGCCCCCGUGUCCGGGUUUUGCCUACAGGUUACACGGGAUCAUAGUUGUUCUAAAAGGAAACUGUCAUCGGCUCCUUCACGGUAAACCUCUAGACCUGACAUUUCAAUGGAUGCUGCGGGAAACCGGUAAUGUUUUCUGUUGUUAAUGUUGUUAAUUCAAGCUACAUUUGUUGAAACAUGGUUUUUAGGUAUUUAUAAAUCGCGAGUAGUGCUGGUGACAAGAGCAGAAUAUAGAGGCGUAUUUCACCAGGCUCACCUGUAAUACGCAGUUCGGAAAAAAAAAUGUCCACCCCGGCGGCAAAGACAGUCCUGGGACAAAUUUUUUAAGGAAACGACCUCACGAGCUUGCUUAUUUAGAUAUUCAACGUUUUUUCCAUAUUUGUCAUAUGCUAUGGCAUAACUAGUCUGCGAAAACAUCCGUUUCUUCGUCCCCAGCUACGAAGAGCGAGGAGAAACGGAUGUUUUCGCAGGCUAUGGAAUUACCAAUUCAACGAAGCAUCCCUAGAUUGGUGGGAGAGGUAAUUCACUACUGAAAUUCGACAAGGCUUUCUUUUUCCUUCUUAUCAAGCUCUUCCAAACUCGAUAACUCUGAAACUUGUCAUCGCCUCUCGUCAAAUAACGAUUCUUUUAUUUUUAAAAUAGGUAUUACCCCAGUCACCAUUGUCACGCACGCUGACAAGCUCAGAUCAGAAGAAGAAAGUGAAGAAGCUCUGGACGCUGCAAAAUUGGCUACUGGAAGUGAAAGCAGAAACACAUUCCUUUUGGCCAACUACACCGAAAUCGACAGCGAACGCAACCCGGAGACAGAGCGUACGAUACUCCAUAUUCUUGACUGUGCAGUGUUUUUGGCGGAGACCGCAGUGUUGAAAAUGAAGCGAAAUCAGAAAACCAAGAAGGAUAUGCAAGCCCAUGGGAGGACUAGUGUCAGCGCACAGAAUGCGGUAAAAGACUCUUAUUUUCUUAGCUUGAUAGUAAGAGCAUUACACAAAUGUUAUAACCUCAGUCCGGUCACCCAACUAAGUGUAGAAAACAAUAAAAGAUUAUUUUGUCCUCUAUAAAUAACGGGAUCGUCCUAUGUUCAAUCGUGUCCGUGUUAUUUAUGUGCUUUGAAAUUUCUUAUAGCUUAACUACAAACUGGAGGUCGUUAGGCCGUGCCGAGUUACCCUCCGGCUUAAGUCUGAUACACUCAUAGAGAGCCAAUGUGUUAUCUCAUUACUACACGGUAUCAAGCACAACUGUCCGUAUAACUUCAACUUAAGGUGGCUCGACUAGAUUUUUUGGGGGGGGAUACCUCCCAAGUUUGAGCAUUAAUUACGUCGCCAUGAGUAAAGAUAUGGAAAAAAGGUUUCCACAACUGUAUUAUGUAAAGAUGAAAAUUUCUUAUGAUGUGGGUUUUAUUGCAAUCGGAGUCGCCAUGGCAACGUAACGACGCCAUUGCGUUUUUAUUUAUCUUUGUGUUUCUCUGUACUAGGAGUUUUUUUUAAGAAAUCGCGUAAGGGAGUUUGUACCUGCCAUAAUUGCCUCAAUUAUGGCAAAGUUUGAACAAAUUCUAUGAGAGCGUUUUCGAAAUAUUUUGAAACGAAGUUUUAAGCAUCAUAUGAACAGUGAAAUAGCAUGCUAUCCACACAAUUAGCUAAUUUUUUAAGAAAAUGAUAAGCUUUGGCAACGCGGCUUCAUCUCAUAGUGGUUUGAUUCCAUUGAAUACUGCGUACGAAAUAGAGGAGAAUUGCUCUGGGCGAUCGCGAGAAAGAAGAAUUUUAAUAACUUGCAUUCAGCUGCCUUUGUUACAGUUUUUGCACGUAAUUUGGUCCAUGCCUACAAAUUUCGCAUUUUUCAAAACCGCUCGAUAAAUUUUUUUAUAAAUUUGAAAAUCCCGAGAUCAAUCGUCAAUAAAUAUACCCUGCAAGUUUCAAGAACAUUGAAAACAGGGAAGACUUUUAAACAAGGCCUCAAAUAUAACCAAUUUUCCCCGCAGAUUUUGUGUUUACAAGUGAGCGUCAUCAUUAUUCACUGGCAUUGUUUUCAAUUUUUAUAUGCACUUACACAUUUAGCAGAAAGAUAGAAUUUCCAUAAAAAAGGACCCUCCGUUAAAUCUCCGGAAUAUGCUAAUAACCGGGUAAAGAAAUUAGAGAUAUAUUAUAACAUCACAGCAACUCUUUGUAAGAGUUUCUGUGAUGUUAUUAUAACCCGAGUAAGAUAAUUAAAGGUCAAAUGAACCAAAAAUUGGACCUUUUUUUAUUUUAGCUCAAUUCUAGUGAAAUAUGUUUAAUACGAACCGAAUAAACAUAGUAUGACGUUUCAGCUCAAUUGAAGCAAGCAUCUCCGAGAUAUUUGCAAUUAAAAAUUGUUAUUUCUUGGCCCUUAUCUUCGUAGAGCGGUCGGAAAAAUUGUCGGUAAAAACAGCUUGUGACGUCAAGGUUGGUCAGGAAAAAAAAAGCGGGAAAUUCAAAACAGUGUUUUUCGAGUCGACUUGGCGCAGAAAUUGUGGUGGUUUGUGCGGCCAUAAACCUAGAAAGAACAAGCAAUUUGGCUUCAAAAGUUGCAAGCUGUGGUUAUAACCUUAUUAUUUAGUUUUCUCGAAGAAUACAUCAUAGUAAAACGGACUUUAAUGAGUUAAUCUUUAUCUACUAAAAUCUUCCCCAAAAUCGGUUUCAAAGCAACUACAGUUUUUUAAACUUGAUCUUUUCGUGCAAAUAAAGUUUGUUUUGUGUUGAACAUGCAUAACACCUGUCAAAACUGAACCAAGUAAGAUUUCCUUUAAACAAAUUUGAAGAUACAUUAUUGCACAAACUUCUUUCCAGUUACGUAUAUGAUUUAAUUACCGACUGAGAUCACUUUAAGGACCAUAGACGCCACUUGAAGCUCGCAAAGAGAGGCGACAAGCAAAGAACAAUUCCGUCAUGCAUAAAAUUCAGCUUAAGUGAACUAAAAAAAGCUUGAAUAAGGUCGCAAAACAACAAAUUUCCACUCAAAAAACAUAAGGCUUAAGGCUCUUAUACCUGCUGACAAUGAAGAAGUGAAUUUUCUGUGCGAAAUAAACUACCUAAAGAUCUUAAAAGCAAAAGAUCAGUUGCAAGCUUCGCACCCAAGCCAUGAUUCACCAUUUAACUAUUUUUGAAAACUGGUCCAUGCGAGGGUCUUCAUUCAAGCAAAUUAAACGCAGGAAACUGAAUCAUUAGAAAAUACAGAAAACUACACAUAAGGGUUUGUUUAGCUCGCUUCAGUCAAGUCCAGCUCCAGCAAUUGUUUACGGGCAAAGAGUCAAUUGUUUUAAAGUCACUGCCGGCAGUUGUCGUUCUCAGCUACUUCACAGCGAGUGAAAAGGAAAAUUUACGUACAGAAAGAAAACAAAACUACGUAAUUAAAAAUGAAAAAGAAAAAAAAUACUCUGACUAUUAUUACUUGAGCAACAGAAAAGUGAUCGAAGUAGUCUGUUCUUCUCGAAUAAGCUUGCUAGCCUUCAUAGUUCCGAGGAAGUUUUAAGCGCUCAAGUUUGUUCGUUCGCAAGCGUUAGCAUUACGGUUCUUUGACAUAAGACAAGGAUAAAGCUGGUUCUGCAAAGGUAAAUGAAUCUGGGCAUGUAAAAAAACUAACCGUAACUACUAAUAACAGAAUACAAGCGGGUUUUAAUUCAGCCUGGCGAAAGAAGGCGAAGCACUGGACACAAAAUCAAUUCACAAAUCGAAUGCACUAUUAUCAGAAAAAUACAAACCUCUUUUGAAAUGUUCAAAACGUUUUAUUCCUUCUCAGACUGACGGGAUGAUCUGUUUUUACUCUAACAUUGGUUGUUCUGAAUCCAAAAGUAAUUUUCAAGUGACGAAAAAACAUCAACAAAAAAAAAAAAGCCUUUAUAAGGAGCAAACGUUCGCACCUCGUGUAUUUCAUUCAGUCUCAGUCAGAACUCUCACAAAAAGGGGAAAAUAAACGCAGGCGUUACGCGGGCGAUAAGGGAUGCGCGGAAGCUUGCGCAGAACGUUUUUCAGCCCUGAAAGACCAACAUUGACGUCACGUAGUCUCCAGUCUUUCACGCGGCCAUUUCAGAAACGUUUUCGUGAAGUCUUCGGAAAUGCUCGGAUUUUGAUCUUUUAUCUUUCUAUAAAGGCUUGGGAAGAAAAAUCUUUACCCAAAUCUCAAUUAGGAUGGUUCUUUUUAGUGUUUUAUGAAGGUAAAGCGACAAAAGAAAAUAUUUCAAUUUUUUGGUUCAUUUGACCUUUAAGUGUUGCAUUCUACAAGAUGAGCCGUGACGUUCACCGUCUCUGCUCUCACUGCUAUCUGUGACACAAGCCAGUUAUUAGCACAUACCAGAUAUUUCUUCCGAAAGUAAUCGAGAGGUUUUUUUUUAUGCAAAUUUAUUUCUUUUUGCUAAGUGUGCACGUGCAUAUGAAAUUUGUAAACAUAUAAAAAUUGAAAAGAAUGCCAGUGAAUAAUGAGGACGCUUACUUGUAAACACAAAAUCUGGGGGAAAAAUUGGUUAUAUUUGAGGCCCUAUUUAAAAGUCUUCCCUUUUUUCAAUGUUCUUGAAACUUGCAAGGUAUAUUUAUUGACGAUUGAUCUCGGGAGUUUCAAAUUUAUAAAAAAAUUUAUCGAGCGGUUAUUUGAAAAAUGCGAAAUUUGUAGGCAUGGACCAAAUUACGUGCAAGAACUGUAACAAAGGCAGCUGAAUGCAAGUUAAUAAAAUUCUUCUUACUCGCGAUCGCCCAGAGCAAUUCUCCUCUUUUUUUGUACGCAGUUUUCAAUGGAAUCAAACCACUAUGAGAUGAAGCCGCGUUGCCAAAGCUUAUCAUUUUCUUUAAAAAAUUAGCUAAUUGUGUGGAUAGCAUGCUAUUUCACUGUUUAUAUGAUGCUUAAAACUUCGUUUCAAAAUAUUUCGAAAACGCUGUCAUAGAAUUUGUUCAAACUUUGCAUAAUUGAGGCUACUAUGGCAGGUACAAACUCCCUUAAGCGAUUUCUUAAAAAAACUCCUGGUACAGAGAAACACAAAGAUAAAUAAAAAAGGCAAUGGCGUCGUUACGUUGCCAUGGCGACUUCGAUUGUAAUAAAACCUACAUCAUAAGAAAUUUUCAUCUUUAUAUAAAACAGUUGUGGAAACCCUUUUCCCAUAUCUUUACUCAUUGCGACGUAGUUAAUGCUCUGACUUGGGAGGUAUCCCCCCCAAAAAAUCCAAUCGAGCCACCUUAAACUUUUGCUUAAAGGGCAUUACCUUGUACUCACACUGAAUUAUUUUGGAAUACUUUCACAAGCAUGUAUUAUAUAGAGACUUAAAACAGAAGACAAUCUAUGGAGGUACAUGCACAGUGAAUAACAGAAUAUUAUAUUCGUCUUUUGUGAUCUUAUUAAUCUUUUUGGUUAAAUUUAUAAUUCUUCUGUUGCACAUUCAAUAGAACUUGCUGUAAAGAAAAUUCUCUCGCACCCAGCUACAACGGACCGCUUCGUUCCCAAUUACCCGGGAAGUUUAUUGACGUAAACAGCAUGUUUCUAUGAGUAAACGCGUACUUUUAUCUUCUUCAGGGUGGUUCAAAUCAUGACACGCAGCAUAUGUACAUGUACAAUAUAGAGGCAAAGAGGGAGGAAGCAAAACAGAGGAAAAAGAGAAGUCAGAAAAAUGAAAGGAGACAAAGAGAGCUUCUAGAAAGACUACACAUACUGCAAGAAAAAAGACAAGAAGACGGAAGACGAGCAGAGGAUCUGCAACAGAAGCAACGAGAAAUCGAGCAAGAAGAGGGAAGGAGAAGAGAAGAGGAAGAAAAACGCAUGCUUUUAGAGUAUGAACUGUGCCGCCUUCGAGCGAAACUGAUCGGCUACGAAUUUGGUGAAUACAACGGCCUUCAUAGCUUCCAGGGUUUGGAAAUAGAAGAUGUAACCCAACUCAGAAUUGGUUUGUUUGGACCAACUGGAUCUGGUAUAAGCUGUUUUAUACAUGGUUGUGAACGAGUUUUGAGACAAACAGAAAGGGGUACAGCACCCUACGGCGGUUGUGGUAAACAGGUCACCACCAUGCUCCAGGAUUACCUGCCCGAAAUGUUCUUCCAUUUGGUCGACACUCCUGGUUUCUUUGAUAUUAAGGGAAGUGUCCUGGAAUUUCAGAGCGUUGUAGAAGGAAGGAUUCAGCCUGGGUCUCGGGUGUUUAUCAGGGGCGGACCCCAAGAACUAGACGAACUGAUAAAUGACCUGUCUCCGUGUCCUGGUUUUGCCUACAAAUUGCACGGGAUCAUCUUUUUUGUGCGCGCUAACGAUCCCAGGUUAAGGGACGGAGUUCACAGCAAAGAAUUACUACCAUUCCGAGAAAUUAUGAGUAGAGCCUGUAUGUUUGUUUUGUUGUUUUAUGCAAAAUAAAAGCUGUUUGUUAAGAUAGAUAGACGGACAGACUAGCGCGGACAAAUUAGCUACAAAGAGAAAUUGAGCAAGUAUUUUUUGGGGUGGCUUAUUUAGGUAGGGAAUUUUUGAGUAUUCAAAACGACAAUCUGAAGAUUCGUGGUAGUGCCCGCGUAUCCCAGUCGCGUA